CAAUCCUCUUUGGGAGAAACGACCUGUAUUUUUCUACCGCAAAGUAGGAGGGCGUAAAAUCACCACUUCGAAAAGUCUCGCAAAUGCCACUAGUGCUGAAAAGUUUUCCGUUGCUCGCGUUGUAUUCGGACGCGUACUGAGUCUUCAAUUACUCUCAACAAUUUUCAAGAAAUUAUUCGAUUAACAUGGCCGACGUCCUGGAUAUUGAUAACGCCGAGGAGUUUGAGGUCGAUGACGAGGGCGAUCAGGGCAUUGCCAGGCUGAAGGAAAAGGCGAAGAAGAGGAAAGGAAGAGGUCAUGGAGCUGAACUUGCCUCCACUCGAGAUGACGUUGGUCACUACGAGUCGAUGAAUGUCGUCGAGGAUGACGAUAACGAACCUGGUCCUCAGAGAUCUGUGGAGGGAUGGAUUUUGUUUAUAAAUUCCGUCCACGAAGAAGCACAGGAGGACGACAUCCAAGAUAAAUUCUCCGAAUAUGGACAGAUAAAGAAUUUACACUUGAAUCUCGACAGAAGGACUGGAUUUUUGAAGGGAUAUGCACUGGUUGAAUAUGAGACAUUUAAAGAGGCUCAGGCUGCCAAAGAGGCUUUAAAUGGUACUGAGAUAUUAGGCCAGGCUAUUUCCGUUGAUUGGUGUUUUGUGAAGGGACCGAAAAAAGUCAAGAGGAGAAGUCACAGAAGACGAUGAAUCCACUCUUUACUGAUUGAGAGGAAGACUUUAUAUUUGGUUUAUUAGGAAAUGAGUGAUGGUUUGAGACUAAAAAUGGAAGUACCUUCUUUUCAAUUUAAUUUAUCACUCAAUCCAGUUAUUUUCACUCAUUGUUUCCAACUAAAGUGGGUAUUUAUUUACUUGUAUUGAGGAUGUAUGAGUGUGAAAUACAAUUCAUUAAUUCGUAUGAAAAACCUAAUAAAUUACAUUGAAAAAUA